AUGUACAUCCCAAACGACCCAACCCGGUACACAAAUUCCAGCCCGGGACCGCGAAACCAAUUAUUCAACAACCCUGUCACCUGCGACAUCAUCAUAGUGAUGACCGUCGCUUCCUUUGGCAUAUUGCUGCUGAGCCUCUUGCGAUGGCUCCAAUCGUGCAUCCCCCCUGACGAUGACGAUGAUUACUUCCAAAAUCAGCAGGCGGGAGAUAAACUUGAAGAGGAAGCACUGCCUCUGCGUCCUACUCCCACGGCGGAUGGCGAGCCGCUUGACAACGGGCCCAGCGGAGAGUACAAGACGUUUUAUUUCGGUGACGGGAAGUGGUAUAAGGCUGACGGAGUAGAGAUGAGCCAUGAUGACUGGAUCGAGGUCGUUCUCGGCCCCCUCGACUGA